CGAAAGGCAGUCAUUAUACUCGCGACAGUUUAUCAUAACAGUUAUUAUUGUUGACUGAUUCAAUUUAACAAAACCCGUGUGCCAUAAUGGCCAGACUUUUAGUAUUUCUGGCCAUAUUGGCGUGCUUCUGCCAAGCAAUAUAUGCCGAGUAUUCCACUGAAUACACAGCCGACAAGGACUAUCUUCUCAAGCAAAAACGGAUCUACAAUAUUGUUUAUCAUCUCUCACAACCGGAAAUUGUCGCUCCUGAUCUCUUCAAAGAAGGCCAAGCAUGGGAAAUCAAAGCUAACAUCGAUUCCUACACCAACAGUACUGCCGUGACAGAAUUCCUUCACCACUGGAAAAAUGGAAUGCUUCCGCGAGGAGCACUUUAUUCCAUGUUCUAUCCUUUACUUUUACACGAAACAAUGGCACUAUUCCGAUUGUUCUGGUAUGCAAAAGAUUUUGAGACUUUCUACAAAACAGCCCUCUGGGCACGAGCUCACAUUAACGAGGGCAUGUUCUACACUGCCUUUGCACAAGCUGUCAUCAGACGCCCAGACACCAAAUACAUCAGACUACCAGCGCCUUACGAAAUUUACCCAUACUCAUUUUUCAAUUCUGAAGUGUUAGAGAAAGCGCACCAUCCGAAACGAUUCGGAAUAAUGGAAUCGAAAGGUGAUAUUGAAACCUAUUUCAUACCUGCAAACUAUUCCGGCUGGUAUCUGAAUCUCGACUCUGAUGAGGAGCAUAAACUUUCUUAUUUUACCGAGGAUAUUGGACUAAGUACUUACUAUAUGUACUACAGAUUAGAAUACCCAUUCUGGCUUAACAGUGAGGAAUUCCAUUUGACAAAAGGAUAUCGUGGUGGAGAGUACCUUUAUGGACACAAACAACUUUGGAACCGUUAUUUCUUGGAACGUUUAUCCAAUGAUUUAGGAUACGUUGAGGACUUCGAUUGGGACAGAGAAUUCCACACUGGCUACUUCCCGACAAUGACCUUCCACAACAGUUUCCCAUAUCCACAAAGAUCCCAUUGGACCCGCUUUCCUGAAUACAAGUACAAAUACAUUCAGAAAGUCAAAGACUACGAAUUUCGCAUAUCAGCCGCUAUUGACUCAGGUUUUCUCUUGAAAGAAGAUGGAAAAUGGGUGAAUAUAUACACUCCUGAAGGUUUCAAUUACUUAGGAAAUGUCAUCGAAGGAAACAAGGAUUCUCUCAAUCUUCCAUUUUACGGAAGUUUCGACUUUUACACACGAAAAAUUUUAGGAUUCAAUCUUGAACCUAAUAAUCCUUAUCAGAUAAUUCCAAGUGCACUCGAAUAUUACGAUACUAGCAUGAGGGAUCCUGCAUUCUACCGACUUUACAAAAGAAUCUUCAAUUACUGGUGCAGAUACAAGGACCAUAUGAAGGCGUACAAGAACGAAGAGGUCAUUUUCCCAGAAUUUAAAAUUGAAUCGGUGGUAAUUGACAAAAUUCAAACAUACUUUGAUGAGUACGAAACACCUAUUGGCGCUGGUUUGAGUGUCGAGAGUGAAAAGGAGGCAGAAUCAAUGCAAAUUAAAGUACGGCAAUAUCGUCUCAAUCAUAAGCCAUUCAAAUUCCACUUUACUGUUAAUUCCGAAAAAGCAACCAAAGCUGUAAUGAGAAUUUUCCUUGGACCAAAAUACGAUCCGCAUCACAAACUUUAUGACUUCCGAGACAGUUAUAAAUAUUUCUACGAACUUGAUCAAUGGAUAUUGGACUUGAACGCGGGCAUGAACAAAAUUGAACGCAGUAGUCAAGAAUUUUUCUUCACGACUCCUGAUUUGGAACCAAGUGACAUCUUUUAUAAGAGAUUGAUGAAAGCUAUUCAAGGUGAAUCCUUCAAGUAUCAAGGACAUCUCUAUGGCUUCCCACAGAGACUCACACUGCCAAAGGGUAAAAAAGAAGGCAUGCCGUUCCAAUUUUUCGUUUAUAUUUGUCCAAUGACAAGUGAAGCAUUCAAAUAUUCAUCUAGAAUUUUUGGCGACUAUUUAUUGGAACCUAAGCCCUUUGGUUUCCCUCUAGACAGGCCUAUUUAUGAAUUUAAAUUUGACGGGCCAAAUAUGUUUUUUAAAGAUGUUAACAUAUUCCACAAAGAUGAAUAUGAACUAAACGUCACUCACUAGUUACUUUACUUUCUAGAUAAUAGUCUAUAGAAUUAGAUUCUUAACUGCUCUCCGUUCUACCGCUUCUAUAUGUUUCUCUACUAAAAAUUGUAUUAUAAAUUGCAUACAAAUAAAAUCGCAUCGAACCAAAA